CGGGUUAACUUUCUUCACAAGUCGGUGGAAAUUCGACCCGAAGAAUGAAAUACAGAAAAUCCGCAAUAUUAUAAUUAAUUAAUAACCCUCUGAAAUAGCAGAGCUGAAAUUGGGAAAAAGAGGGCAAAAAUGGCAAAUACGAAAGUUCAAACAGCGGCAUAUCCGAGUGCAGCUAGAAUUGCUGAUUCUGAUUGCUAUCCUCAAUACACUGCUUCUCUCAAAUGUUUGGAACAGUUUAACUCAGACAAGAGCAAAUGUCAAGAACAUUUUGAUGUUUACAAGGAAUGCAAGAAAAAAGAGAGGGAAGCUCGGUUGGAGCGCAAUCGAAGUCGGUCUUUAUUCUCAUGAGUCACAACAGAUUGAAGUCUAUAGUGCUAUCAUUAUAAAAUAUUAAUCAGGCUAAUAACACUUUCAUGUAACUUAUUCCAAGAAGCGACUGUAAUGUGGAUGCUUCACGUUAGAAUCAAUGUGAUCAUGUUUAUUGUAGCUUUUUGGUACUAGGUUCAUUGAUUUGCAAUAAAUGAUGAGGAUUGAGUUGAAUAUAUUUGAAUGUUGAUUUAUAGGUGA